GCUAAAGUAAACUUAUAUCCAUUAUCUCCUCCUAAUCGAUAUAUACUUAAAGGUAAUUGUAACUAUAUUUUAAGCCAUUUUUCUAAAAAUUCAAGUGCUGCUUCUAUUCCUAAAAUUAAUCCAUCUCCUAGAAUAUUAGAAAAAAAUAAUAAACUUACUACACUUCCUUCAGGAAGAAGAGCUCAUGAAAUACCAGAUGCUAUUACUUAA